AAACUUAAUAACGAACCCUGCCCAUAGAAACCGAGUACCUCCAGUAAAAGAGCCCAUUAGCUGCCAUUAUCCGUUUACAUCUUACAAUUUUGCGCAUUGAUAUAGACGCACAUUUCAAUUUCUUGGUUUACAUCGUAGGUUUACUUCUUUCUCUGCAGAUGGCCUGCCUUGCCAUGCCCACCCUCUUUCAGGGAACCCAAAUUACGGGAUUAUACUGCAAUUGCCUGAAUCUUGAAGCAGAUUUACAGUUUUCUAGGGGCAGUUGGCUUUUGAUCACACAAAUUUCAGAACAAAUUCCCUUGGGAAGCCAUGUAUGUAUGUGUAAAAAUAAAUUACAUAGAUAUUUAUGGAUUUCUUCGCGUGGAAACUAUCGUGGUUUUGCACUUCAAGCUAUAAAGAAAGUGAAGAAAAGUGGUGGCAGGCCUUCCAAAGGUGAGAAUGAUGCGAUAUCAAAGGCACGGUGGUUGCGUUCAAGAAAGCCAAAUGAAUCAAUGAAUGAGUUGCCAAAUAUGUUGGGAGAUUCUGAUGUAAACAAGAACGUAGACGUUGAUUCUGAUCCAACUUUUAGUCAACGCCUUGAGACAAUACGAAGGGCCGCACUUGAGAAAAAGGAAUCAGAGGAGAGAAAGAAAUAUCAGCCCAUUGAUUAUGAUGUUCCAAUUUCCAAGUCAGAGGGGAGGUCACUUGGGCUUGGUGCUAAAGUUGGAAUUGGAGUUGCUGUACUGACUUUUGCUUUGGUCUUUGCAUUUGGUGAUUUUAUUCCAUCUGGAAGUGGAGAGAAACAAGUAGAGCAGUUGGAGCGUACAGCAGAUGAGAAGGCCAGUUUUGAGGCUCAGCUUCAGCGUUUUGAGGAAACACUUAAAUCUUCUCCUGAAGAUCUUGAAGCCCUAGAGGGGGCAGCUGUUACUCACGCAGAAUUGGGAGAAUACAGAGAAGCUUCCGUUCUGCUUGAGAAGCUUACUCAAAAAAGUACGGAAAAUCCAGAUGCUUUUCGAUUGCUUGGUGAUGUACGAUAUGCACUUGGAGAUUAUGAUGGGAGUGUUGUUGCGUAUCGAAGUGCCAUGACGAAAUCAAGUAGAAGCUCCCUUGAGGUUCUGCGUGGCCUUACAAAUGCUUUGUUAGCAGCAAAAAAACCAAAUGAGGCUGUACAAGAACUUUUAUCUGCCAAGGAUCGGCUAAGUCUAGAAUUAAACAGACAGGAUAGAGGAAAUGUACAAGUUGAUGAAAGUUCCAAUCAGUCAAAUAAUUUGGAUCAAGUCGAUCCUGUUCAAGUUGAUUUGCUACUGGGAAAGGCAUACUCAAAUUGGGGUCAUGUAGGAGAUGCUACAGCAGUAUAUGAUUCGUUGAUAGCUACCCGACCAAAUGAUUUUCGAGGAUACUUAGCAAAGGGAAUACUGUUGAAGGAAAAUGGUAAAAGUGGUGAUGCAGAGCGCAUGUUUAUUCAAGCAAAAUAUUUAGCACCUCCAAAAGUAAAGGCUUUUGUAGACCGUUACACCAGCAGAUAAGAUGCUCUGAAAUUCAGAUGUAAUACUUGAUAGAAUACUGGCUGUGGAGCUCACUUGGCAAUAUUCUCUAUUAAAGAGAAAAGUUUGAAAAGGUAAUAUGAGGACUUCAAGGUCAAUGAUUUUACGAUGCUUAUUCAAUAUUCUGAUUGCCAGGUGAACUUCUCAUGUGCACAGCCAAGUCAGGUUAUAGAAAAACUCUCUUUGGAUCCAAAUAUUAAGUUAUAGUCACGUGGAAUCUCAGAUACAGGGAUGAGGUCCGUGUCCUGUACCAAUGUAUGUUUAUGACUAUUUUAAAUGCAACACAUCUGUAAACUUAGUAAUAUUCUCGAAUACCCCUGUUCAAAAUGAUGUCCUCCUCCCACUCCUUGUAUCCCAUCUCUCCUGAUUAUGGCCUAGAAGGCCUAGCUGCAAACUUCACUUGCUGUGUUGAAUCUAUACCCAGUAUCCAUGGCUUAGUCUUGUUUGUAUUGGAGCAUCAUAAAUAAAUUUUAUGCCAAAUUUGCAAGUCUUCAUUUAAGUGUAUACUUGCAAGACCACUUUUAUAAAAAAAUGGUAAAAUCUGUUGAUGUUGAAGAGAACUUUAUCAUAAAAAGUAAAACAAUGACAAUCACAAAUAAUCUCUUGUACAGACAAAACUUUCAGAAUUUUAUAAAGUUGUAUAAGGAAACAAUUGAUGCA